ACCAAAGAAACAGAAAAAAUUGCAAGCUCCACUAAGAAUUGACCGUCUCAAACAAAACUCGAGGGAUUUUUUUUUUAUAUGGCGAAUUCACUCAUUCUGGGCUCACCGAUUAAUCCAGAAGGAGAAAUGAUGAUCCAAUUCUCAAAUAAUCAUGACAACAACAUCGAGUUUCAAAGAAGGAAGAAAAUGAAGAAGAACAAUCCUGAAACAGAAACUGAUUCUUCAUCAGAUCUCUCUUGUUUUGUUGCCCAAACAGGUGCACUGCUUCAUCUUCCACAAGGUUUCACUAGCUCAAAUGGUAGUAAUAGGGAAUGUAGAAAGAGUCCUAGACCGAUUAUAUCAUCAUAUUCGUCAAGCGAGAAACAGUUUGUAACGUUUACACUUGCACCUGUUGAUGGCAGACAUUGUAGACUGCGUCUUCCGAUGCAAUUCACGAGGGAGAAUGGGAUUAACAAGCCUGGGAAGAUAUAUUUGGUGGGUAAAGAUGGUUCUAAGUGGCUUGCAAAUCUUCUUUUGGAAAACAACAGAGGAAGAAUGACUUUAGGAGAUGGUUGGAAAAGUUUUGUUAAAGCAAACGGUUUAAAGACUGGUGAUACCUAUACGUUCAAGUUACUGUGGGAAGACACAACUCCUGUGCUCAGUUUGUGUUUUGAAGAGUACAACACUGACACAAGAGUAGGAGAAGAGUCUUCGAAAGAGUCUCUUCCCGCAGAGCCUAGUAGCCAAGAAAAGAUCGUUAAAGAUGACAACAACAAAGAUGAAAGCAGCACAUGGAAGAGAGAGGGUAAUCAUCUGAGAUGCAAAGAUUCAACUUCACCAAGCCAGAACUGCACCUUGACAGUAACAAUCACGCCUGAUAGUCUCGAACAUGGUAGACUACGGCUUCCGUUGCAAUUCAUGACGGAGAAUAGCAUGAACAAGCCCGGGGAGAUAACUCUUUUAGGUACAGAUGGUGCAAAGUGGAUGGCAAGUCUUCUACUAGAAAAAAAGGGAAGAAUGAGUUUGGGAAAGGGUUGGAAAGAUUUUGCUAAAGCAAAUGGCUUAAAGACGGGUGAUUCCAUUACAUUGGAGCCAAUAUGGGAAGACAGGACUCCUGUGCUCAGUAUAAAGUCUAGCAGUGGUAAAGGGCAAAGUGAGUUUUCCAAGGAAUCUCUUUCCAUAAAACCUAGUAGUGGAAACAUGACUAAGAAAGUAGAGAACAACAGAGAAGCAAGCAGAAAGUAUCCUCCUAGAAGUAGAGAAUCAUCUUCAGCAAUCCAAAACCAAUUCAUGGCAUUAACACCUCUACGUGAUAUAGUUAGCCAGGUUGCUCAUGAUCUUAGCAUCGGUGAGGUCAUCAAUUUCAGACAUAAAGGAGAUAAUAUGUUGCGGGUCUCAGAUUUGGGAUCCAAUUGUUGUGGGGUUCAAGAUUUACUGGCUCCAAGCAGUAACUAUGAUCAUGACAACAUCAGUAACAUUUCGAUGAAAAUAAAUCCGCAUAUAAGAAAAGAAGCUGUAACAUUUUCGUCAUAUGAUGGUUAUGCUCAUGACAACUUUGAGCCUCCAAGUAAGAAGAAAGUGAAGAAGAACAAUCCAGAAAUGGAAGCAGAUUAUUUAUCAGACCACUCUUGUUUUGUAUCCCAUGUCACAACUUCAAGUCUACACACAAAUGCGUUGAGCCUAGAAGUGAAAGAGUCUCUUCCCAUAGAGCCUAGCAUUAAACCAAAUAUCAGUGAAGAUGACAACAACAAAGAGGAAGACAUCAUAGAGGAGAACAGCUCAUUUGAAAGAGAGAAGAAUCAUUGGAUAUGUAUAGAUUCAAUUUCAUCGAGCCAAAACCGAUUUCUGACAUUAACAAUCACACCUGACAGUCUCAAACAUGGUAGACUGCGUCUUCCACUGCAAUUCAUGAUAGAGAAUAGCAUGAAUAAGCCCGGAGAGAUAACUGUGUUAGGUAAAGAUGGUGCGAAGUGGCUGGUAAGUCUUCUACUGGAAAGAAGAGGAAGAAUGAGUUUGGGUAAGGGCUGGAAAGAUUUUGCUAAAGCAAACGGCUUAAAGACGGGCGACUCCAUCACGUUGGAGUCAGUCUGGGAAGGCGCAUCUCCUGUGCUCAAAUUGCUCCGUAUAGAGUCUAGCAGUUUUAGAGGGCAAAGUGAGUUUUCAAAAGAGUCUCAUUUCACAGAUGCUAGCAGUGGACAAGAGACCAGGGAAGCAGAGAAAAACAGAGAAGAGAGUAGUAGCUUAUGGGAGUUGGAGAAAAGAACCUAUUGUCCAAGAAAACGAGAUUCAUCGUCAGAUGUCAAAAACCGAUUCCUUACACUAACACUUGCACCUGAAGAUGUCAAGGAUGGUAAUUUGCAUCUUCCUUGUCAAUUCAUGAGAAUUAAUGGCAUCAACAAGCCUGGACAGAUAACUUUGUUGGGUAGAGGCGGUAUGAAGUGGUUUGCAUAUUUACUGUCAGGAGAUGGAACUGUCGUUGUGGGAAAUGGUUGGAAAGGUUUUUGUGAGGCGAAUGGUGUGAUGUUAGGAGAGACUUUUGUUUUGGAAUUCAUUCCCAAAGAUGAUACAAAUCAUGUAUUUAAGUUCUACACCAAGUAGGGAGACCAAAUACGUAAAUGUUAGUUAGUACUUUUUCAAGAUUUCUCAAAUGUUUUCUCCGGAUAUCACAUGACAGGUUCUGCAUAUAUCAUGGAUUGAUGGACUGCGGAGAGUUAGCUAAAACAAUUAAUGGCUAAACGACUGAUGAAUCAUUUACGUUGAAGUCCACUAAUGAUAUCAGGUAGAAAAGAGAGAGUUCAAAAGAUACCGAGAAACAGUCUUUUUUUUGUCCACAAAGCCUAGCAGUGAAAACAAGAACAAGUGAGGUGCAGAGAGAUUCAUGACCCUAACACACUUGAUGAUGCUAGAGAUUAUCAUCUGUUUCACAGAUGGUUUGGUUUAUGUCUUGAUUAUAAUUGGUGGUGACGAUGAGGGUCCUGAAUUCCCAUUUGGAUCGAGCUGGGGUCACUCACUGUUUUGGGUUUAUCAGUAGGAAAAUCCUCAACGUUGUGGAUCACCUUUGGACGAUGAUACUACGGUAAUGCAUAUAUUGAUAUGUUUAUUCCAUUAACCGCUAGAGAAGUGGAAGAGUUUACGAUCUCACAUAUCAUAAAGCUCAUAAAAGAAGAGGGAGGUUUG